CUUCAUUCAGUGUGCAGUGAGUUUCCCAUUGCAGAGGCAGGAGCACCCAGUUGACACUUUAUAUUAUGUCAUUUGCCACGCUUUUCCACUCGGAGAACUCGGCCGCCUCCGCCGCCGCCACAAUUUAAUUUGCCCUCAAAGGCAAACCACCGGCAGGAGGCCCGCGUUCAGCAUUCGGUGUCGGUAGCAGCACCACCAGCGGCAGCAGGUGAAAGCAGCGGGACACCCUCUCCGCAGCCGGGGGAGGAGGGAGAGUGCGCAGUCAGCGGACGGCAACGGCAGUUGUUGGCCCUCGUCCAGCGGCCAGCAGCAGCACCAGCAGCUCUCUGCAGCACCAGUCAUGCUGGGCUUGUCGACCCGCAUCUCCGCCGGUGCUCUGUGUGGCAGUGCCAAGGCGGCCGUCGGCGGCGCGGCCCGCGUGCUGGGCCCCGUGGGGGACCUGCUGCUCACACGGCUCUACCACGAUGCCACCGGCGACGUCAUCUGUCCAUCCCAGAUCCGCGGAAUCGACCAUGUUCGAGACCCAAGACUCAACAAGGGCAUGGCCUUCACCCUGGAGGAGCGGCAGCGGCUCGGCAUCCACGGCCUCUUCCCGCCACGGUUCAAGACGCAGGAGGAGCAGCUCGAGCUCUGCAAAAUCAGCUUCAACAGGUACACUGAGGACCUCAACAAGUACAUCUAUUUAGUUGGACUCCAGGACCGAAAUGAGCGUCUGUUCUUCCGGAUGCUGUCCGAGAACAUCGAGGAGCUGAUGCCGAUCGUGUACACGCCGACAGUGGGCCUGGCGUGUCAGGCGUUCGGGCUGAUCUACCGACGGCCUCGCGGCCUCUUCAUCACCGUCAACGACCGUGGCCACGUGUACGACGUGCUGCGCAACUGGCCCGAGCCGGACGUGCGCGCCAUCGUGGUGACCGACGGCGAGCGCAUCCUCGGCCUCGGCGACCUUGGCGCCUACGGCAUGGGCAUCCCGGUCGGCAAACUCGCCCUCUACACCGCCCUCGCCGGCAUCAAGCCGCACCAGUGUCUGCCCAUUGUCAUCGACAAUGGCACUAACACCCAGCAACUCUUGGAAGACCCGUUGUACGUGGGUUUGAGGCAGAAGCGUACAACAGGACCGGAAUAUGACGAGUUCAUCGACGAGUUCAUGGACGCGGUCGUGCGACGCUACGGACAGAACACUCUCAUCCAGUUUGAAGACUUUGGCAACCACAACGCGUUCCGCUACCUGGACAGUUACCGCAACAAGUACUGCACCUUCAACGACGACAUCCAGGGCACCGCGUCCGUGGCCGUCGCUGGGCUGCUGACGUCGCGAAGGCUCACGGGCAAGCGGCUGUCGGACAACACCUUCCUCUUCCUCGGAGCCGGCGAGGCAGCUAUUGGUAUUGCUGACCUGACUGUCAAAGCCAUGAUGGCCGAGGGCACCUCCUUGGACGAGGCAAGGGGCAAAAUCUGGAUGCAGGACAUCCACGGCCUCUUGGUCAACAACAGGCCAGAAGGAGAGCUUGAAGGUCACAAAGUGUACUACGCGAAGGACCACCCUGUUAUGAAAAACCUGGCGGAGGUGGUGAAGAAAAUCAAGCCGUCGAUCAUGAUUGGCGCUUCAGCCGCCGCCGGAGCCUUCACGCCUGAGAUUCUGCAAGACGUGGCCGCUAAUCACGAGCGACCUGUCAUCUUCGCCCUGAGCAACCCGACCAGCAAGGCCGAGUGCACUGCGCAGCAGGCUUACGACAACACCAAGGGUAAGUGCAUUUUCGCGAGUGGCUCGCCCUUCCCGCCUGUGAACUACGAAGGUCGGACCUACACCCCUGGUCAAGGUAACAACGCCUACAUCUUCCCAGGCGUCGCGCUCGGCGUCAUCUGCACCGGCAUGCACCACAUCAGCGACGACAUUUUCCUCAUCGCCGCCCAACUGUUGUCUGAACAAGUGUCAGAGGAGGACCUGGCGCUGGGAAAACUCUACCCGCCGCUCAGCAGCAUCAAAGAGUGCUCAGUCAAGAUUGCUGUGAAAGUCGCGGAGCACGCGUACCAGAACGGAUUGGCAUCGACGUACCCCGAGCCGAGGGACAAAGAGGCUUUCCUGAAGAGCGCAAUGUACAACCACGACUACGACACGUACGCCCUGCCGAGAACCUACCCGUGGCCAGGCAACGUUAACUGACUCAGUCUCAAGCAUUGUUGAUGUUAUCGCAUAUUAUAUGAUAAAAAUAUUGAAAAUAUUUUUACGGUUGGUCACUGCCUUUUAGUGGCGUUGCUUCUCUGCACUCUUCACGAAAUUGUGUCAUUGUUGCCGUAGUAUUCGGUAUUCGCCACUCACGUAUUAACUUAUUUUGUUGAUUUCAUCUUACGCAAUUUGUUAGCGGCCGAAUCGCAGAGAGAUUCGAUAUUUGCUGAUUACAGGAACAAAAAAUAAUCAAAACGCGUUACGCGAGGGAAAUUGUGUGAGUUCGGCCAAGUAUUACGUUGUAUAUUUUUGUAAUAUUAUAUAUAUAUUAUAUGAUCAUCUUCAAAAUACAAAUGGUUAGGAAAACA